AUGGAGCGCGACCCAUGCUCUGAUGGCAGCGCUACCUGUGGCCCCGGCUGGAGCUGCGUCCGCAACUCCUCCAACGCGCAUGCGGGCUACGACUGCGGCUGCGGCGCGCGCUCCGGCUGGAGCCGGCUGCACGAGAGUCAGCCCAGCUGUGUCGACAUCGACGAGUGUGCGCUGCUGGUGCCAGCCUGCUUCAACGGCGGCCGCUGCCAUAACGAGGCCGGCUCCUUCAGGUGCACCUGCAGGCCAGCCUGGUCGCGCUGCCUCAGCGACUGCGGCCAGGGCGUACGCGUGCGCUCGAGAACGUGUGGGCGCCGCCAGCCCGGCUGUCUGGGCGAGGCAGAGCAGACCCGGCCGUGCCGGGCGCGCGCCGGCUGUGACCCCGACCAGACGGAGGGCGCCGAGCAGGAGGAGAAGGAGACGCAGGGAGACGACGGCCAGGCGAAGCUGAGCGCCGAGCGGCAGGGCCGACGGCGGACAACGGCCGAGGCUCGGCUGGCGGCCGAGCUCGAGCGGCGCCGCCGGCUAGAGCUGGCCGAGGCCAAGAGCGCGGCGCAGGAUCGCGCCAAGAUGUCCGAGCUGCGCCGUCGGGGAGAGGCCGCGCUCCGUAGCAUGCUGAAGGAGGCUGCCACCGAGGAGCUGCGCGCGCAGGAGGCGAGCCGCGCCAGUGCGCAGGCGGCGUACCAGGCGCAGGAGGCCAGCAAGCGACAGCAGCAGCCGACGCGGACAGAGACGCGCGUGCUCACCGAAAGCAAGACUACGGAGCUGGACCGCCAGGUCGACGUCAACGAGACGGCGCUGGAGGCGCUCGAGGACGACCGCCAGCUGCUGGAGAGCGAGCUCACUGCGUUCGAGGAUCUGGCCGCGAGGGUGGGCGCCGCCUCGCGAAACCUGGUGCAACGGGCGACCGCCUACGCCGCCUGGCUCCAUCAGCGCCAGGCCCAGGAGCGGCUGGUGGCCGAGCAGGCGGCCGCCCGCCGCCGCUACACCGCCCAGAACGAGCGGAGCGUGGCCGCGGAACGCCGGCGCGCCCAGCAGGCGCAGCUGGCCGCUGACACCAGCAUCGGCGACCAGCAGGAGCUGCUGGUGCACGCUCUGGCCGAGCCGGCGGAGCUGGACUAA